AUGAAGGUCCUCGCAGCUGCAGCGCUAGUGGCCUCUCUUGCGCCAGUGUACGCCCUCUGGCCUCUGCCUCAGAGCGUGGUGAACGGCUCGAGUGCGGUUCGCUUAUCGUACGGGCUCGCUAUUACCACUAAUAUCCCUGAUGUGCCCGAUGACGUGUACGAUGCUAUCGAGCGUGUCAAGACGUACCUCUUCACGGACGACCUCGGGCGCCUCAUUGUCGGGCGGGGAGCUAGUGAUGUCGGCGCCUUAGAGAGCUCAAAGUAUUUAUCUGAGUUGACUUUGUCGCUCGUGCCUGGAUCUUCAGUACUCUCUAUCACCGAGGAGGCGCAGAAGGCGCUCGAAGAGAGGGAUGAGGCUUACAACUUGACUCUCCCUUGCGAUGGCUCGCCGGCGACGAUCACGGCUACCUCGACGCUUGGGCUCUUCCGAGGACUGACUACGUUCAGCCAACUAUGGUACACUUACAAUGGCACGAUCUACACGCUUUCCACGCCUAUGCAGAUAGCAGAUUACCCUGCGUUUCCCUAUCGCGGUCUUCUGCUCGACACUGCGCGAAACUACUUCCCAGUGUCUGACAUUUUGCGCACUCUCGAUGCCGCUGAACUAGUCAAGAUCAACCAAUUCCAUUGGCAUGUCGUCGACAGCCAGAGCUUCUCGUUGCAAAUUCCAGGAUACAUGGAACUCUCCACUUACGGAGCGUAUGCUCCGUCAAUGGUGUACACUCCGCAAGACGUUGCAGAUAUCGUUACAUAUGCUGGUGCACGCGGGAUCGAUGUCAUGGUGGAGAUCGACACCCCGGGACACACAGCAGCCAUCGCAGAUGCCCAUCCUGACUUCGUCGCCUGCAACCAGGCUCACCCUUGGGCUACCUAUGCCGCUGAGCCCCCAGCAGGCCAACUGCGCUUCACGAACGCUACUGUAGCGAACUGGACUGCAGGGCUCUUCAUGCAGGUCGCAAAGAUGUUCCCGUCGACGAUAGUCAGCACUGGCGGUGACGAGAUCAACAUGCCGUGUUUCGACGACGAUUACGAGACACAGCUCGACCUCAAUAUGACUGGUUUGUCGUUCAAUGACGCGCUCAGUGACUUCACUGCGCAGACCCAUGGUGCGCUGAUAGCGGCAGGCAAGACACCCGCAGUCUGGGAAGAACAGGUUCUGGACUACAAUCUGACCCUUUCUAACAACACGUUUGUUCUGGUCUGGAUAUCCUCAGACGAUGUUCAAGCUGUAGUCGAGAAGGGAUUCCGGGUCAUACAUGCCGCAUCGAACUACUUUUAUCUGGACUGCGGCGCUGGCGAAUGGAUAGGUGCCGACCCGUCUGGCAACAGCUGGUGCGAUCCCUUCAAAACCUGGCAAUAUGCGUACACAUUCGACCCCGUCGCCAACCUCACCGCAGAACAAGCCAAGCUGAUCAUGGGCGGCCAGCAGAACCUUUGGACCGAACAAUCGAGUCCGUCGAACCUCGAUCCGAUUGUAUGGCCUCGCGCGGCCGUCUCUGCAGAAGUUUUCUGGUCCGGAGCAGGCGGAGACGGUGACUCUGCUCUCCCCCGCCUGCACGAGGUCUCAUUCCGCAUGCAGCAGCGCGGCAUCCGCACGAUCCCACUGCAGCCGCUUUGGUGCGCGCUGCGGCCUUACGAGUGUGAUCUUACCGCGUGA